UUGAGAAUGUACCGAACAACAUUACAGUUUUUGCGUGACAAACGCUUUCAAUUUCCAUUUCGACUUCGUAGUUUAACUACCGCGACGACGCAAAUACAAACACAAGCGGUGUUUGAAGAAAAACAAAAUAUCAAUUGGGACAAAGCCAAGCCGUUUGAAUCAAUUCCAGGGCCGAAACCUCUGCCAGUUAUUGGUAAUGCGUGGCGACUUGUCAAUUGGGAUGGGAAAAAGUUUAACCAAGAAAUGCGAUCAAAGUAUGGCGAUAUUGUUUAUAUCAAACACAUGGCCCCCGGAUGGCAUUUACUCUAUUUAUACAACGUUAAAGAUAUCGAGUUUGUUUUCCGUAACGAAGGCCUCUAUCCAAUAAGAUUCAACUUUGAGUCAAUGUCUUAUUAUCGUCACGUUAUGCGAAAGGAUGUUUUUGGACAAACUUAUGGUUUAAUGAACGGACAAGGUGAAGAAUGGGGUAAUACACGUGCAAUAGCAAACUCAAUUCUGAUGCAAUCUCGCAGCACGAAUAACUACAUCCCGCUCGUGAAUGACAUCGCCGACGAGUUUCUCGAGUACGUUAAACAGCUCAAAAGCCGCGAUUUGCUAGGUCUGAUGCCGCACAACUUUAUGGACGAUAUAAACAAAUUCGUCUUUGAAUCGGUGACGGCCAUUGCCGUCAACCAUCGCAUGCGCUGCUUUUCUUCUAAUGCGAGUCCGAAAGCCAUGGACGCCAUCAAACAUAUUCUGGACAUGUUCUACCUCACGCUGCCUAUGGACAUUCUGUCAACUGGAAAAAUUCACAGAACGCUGAACACGCCACUGUGGAAGCGCUACAUAGGCAACCAUGAGUUCUUUACAAAUUUAAUUCUGGAAAUGUUUGAUAACGCUAAACGUAAAAUGGAUGAAGAUCCCAAUUAUCAAUUUAAACCAGAUCAUGAAAAGACUGUGUUUGAGAAAUUAGUUGAAAAAGAUAAAAAAUUCGCUGUUGUGAUGACUCUGGAUAUGAUUAUCGCCGGAGUGGAAACUACUUCUUUGGUUUCCGGUUCAACGCUGUACUACAUUUCCAAGAAUGUGAGGGCGCAGAGAAAAUUACGCCAUGAGUUGCUUUCCCUGUUGCCGUCGAAACACACGCCCGUCACGGCUGAACUCCUCGAUGAAGCCAAAUAUCUUCGCGCUUGCAUCAAAGAAUCAAUGCGGCUUGCACCGGUCGCUCACUGCACGGCUCGUUGGACGCCCAAGGAUAUGGUCAUUGGAGGGUAUCGCGUCCCGGCGGGCACUGAAAUUAACUUGCCGCACAUGUACCUCUCGAAUGUGGCGGAACACUACACCAACCCGAAGGAAUAUUUGCCUGAACGAUGGCUGCGUGGCUGGGUGGGUCAGAAAUGUCCGGCGGAUAGGAGCGUGAAAGAAGAGGUUGUAAAUCCAUUUGUUACUUUACCUUUUGGGUUCGGGCCUAGGGCAUGCGUUGGCAAGCGGAUAGCGAAUUUGGAAUUGGAAAUAUUCAUUGCUAAGAUGGUGAGAAACUUUGUGCUUGAAUGGCCACACAAAGAUAUGAAGUUUGUGCAGAAGAUGUUGUAUGGUAUUGGGGAUCCGCUAAGGCUUAAACUUAAAGAUGUCACUUAUUGAUAAAAAUAUUUUAUUGUGUUUUUUUUUUGUUAGAAUAGAUUUGAAGGGAGUUUUUAUUUUGAUUUUGUACGGUCGCCAUUUUGUCGAACUAAAUCCCAGUUAGCAAACACGUAGCGUCGUUCAAAGGGUCGUUAAGAUACGCGUCAGUUAAUAGUAGAAACAUGUAUACAAUAUGUUCAAAGAUAUUUAUUUAAAUUUUUGGUUUUGUUUGUAAAUUUUGAAUUUUUUCAUUCUUUUUUUUACUUCUACCGUUAAAGCGUAAUUUUUCCACGGUUUUCCACGGUUUUCCACGGUUUUGAGAUAUAAAAAGUGGUACUUUAAACACGUAUGACCAAGGGUGUGACUAAAGUACUUUAGUCACGGGGUGGAAAAAAAAACGUGGAGAUAAAGUGAAUGUAAAAAAACAGAGUAAGCUUCACGUGGCUAAACAUUAUUAUACACUCGAUUGAUUAUACGCUCGCUACACUAACCCUCAAUCAAUUUCGUGACAAAAACUCCUGUUUAACCCCUUAAUACUUAAUAUACUAACAAAUAAUAAAAAUUUUUAUUUUUCCACAGA